UCGCCAAAGUUUCCUCUUUGGGACAUCCACACAGUACAACGGUGAUGCGAGUGAAGAGCUGGUGGGUAUAAAAGGUGCCAUGAUCCAUCACAGAGAUGCUCUGCCAAUGUGACGUUGACGGCAUUUGCAAUGCCUGUCUCGUACUUCGCACCUGUGGACUCGUACGACUUCCACAUCUAUUACCACUACAAAAGCCCUGUGUCUCGUAGAGAGGCCGUUGAGCUUAAGAACAAGAUUGUUAGGGAUUUCCGUGAUGAGAUUGACAGGGACCUCAUCAUACUGAAAGUGCUGAGAAACGAGGAAAUCAGAGGCCCCCACAUCACGUCCUACUUCGAGGUGGACGUUGAGGACCCUGCCACAUUUGUCAAGUUCUUCUCGUGGAUCCAGCUGAACCAUGGCACGCUCUCUGUUCUGGUGCAUCCAAACACAGGCGAUGCCUUUAAAGACCAUACCUCCCACGCAGCUUGGCUAGGUGAGAAGCUGCCAUUGCUAUUGGAGACUUUGAAGGGUGCGACUGCGGUGCCUUUCUCAAGAGACUUUGGGUUCCCGUCCAGAGAGUUGAUUGGCAAAGGCUUCUACGAUGAUUACAGCCAGUACUCGAAGAGAACUGUGAUUAGAUUGCUCGAACAAGGUCCGGAAGACGACUUCUACCAGAAAUGAGGAAUGCUGUAUAGUAAAACUACGUGAUGUAUGUAUAAUCUAGCACAAUUAGCCAUUUGAGUAAUGAGCCAUUUGAGUAAUG